AUGUUUCAUGAUAGAGGAUCCAUAGACUUAGUUCUUGUUCCUUCUGGCCUUGCUAUUAUGUUCAUCUAUCAUCUCAUUCUUCUCUAUCGCAUUCUUUAUUAUCCUCAAACUACUGUUGUUGGCUAUGAGAAUCACAACAAGCUCGCUUGGGUCGAACGGUUGAUGCAGGCAACAACCAACGAGAUAAGUCUAGGCCUAUCAGUAAUUUCGAGCAGCACAUCAGCAUCAACCAACUUAGCUUCCCUCUCCAUCGCCCUAAGCUCUCUUAUCGGUGCAUUGGUGGGCAGCUCGUCGACCAACCUGUUGACGACGCAAGUCAUCUACGGCGACAAAAGCCAAUCAACUUCCACUGUCAAAUACAUUUCACUGCUUAUUUGCUUCCUCACAGCUUUCACAGCUUUCAUACAGUCGGCUCGAUACUUCGUUCACGCCAGCUAUUUGAUGAGCACUUUGGACUCCGAUUUGCCCGUUGGCUACGUCCAAAGGGCCGUAAUACGCGGCGGAAAUUUCUGGGUUUUGGGGCUCAGAGCACUCUACUUUGCAACCGUGCUUCUGAUGUGGAUUUUUGGGCCAAUACCGAUGUUCGUAUGUUCGCUCUUUAUGGUUGCCAUAUUACAUUUUCUUGAUUCCAAUUCGAUGCCUUUGCACAGACAUAGUUUUCGACGUCAUUCCUCGUCCAAAGCGAUGCGUUCAUUUGAUAGCUAGUGAUUGAAGCAAGCUGUAUAAUAUUGAAGAGAUUAUGAGAAGAUGAAAUUUUAUAGUCCUUUUAUUUGCUUUGAGAUUGUUGAAUGUAUUAGUUUUGGUUUAUUAGAUGUAUUUUAAAGAUUGCUUAAAGGCAAUACAUUAGAAAAUAUUUUGUAAUAAUUGAAGCAAGUUGUACGUUAUAAUUGGAACAAAAUAAAUACAU